AUGAAGGACACUAUAGUUCUUUACCCUGCUCUAGGUAGUGGACAUUUAAUGUCUAUGGUUGAAUUAGGCAAACUCAUAGUAACUCACCACCCUUCAUUUUCCAUCACUAUUCUCAUUCUUACACCACCCAACAACAAACACACACCCCUUUCGCCACAAGAACAAUACAUAGCAUCUGUUUCAGCCGCAUUUCCUUCCAUCAACUUCCAUUACAUUCCUCCAAUUUCAUCCCCCACAACACUUCUAACACAUUUUAUCACCUUUGAAAUCUCUCCCCAAAGCAACCAUCAUGUUGACAACAUUCUUCAAUCCAUUUCCAAAACCACAAACCUCAAAGCUGUUGUAUUAGAUUUCUUCACCUACAGUGCCUAUCAAAUCACUGCAAACCUUCAAAUUCCAACUUACUUUUACUACACUUCGGGUGCAAUUGCAUUAGCCACUUUCCUCUAUUUGCCAACACUUCACGAAAACGCUAAAAUGCCUAUUCAGGAUCUUCACAUGCCACUUCAAAUUCCUGGUUUACCAAACAAUUUUACUACAGAUGAUUACCCAGAUGAAUUGGAUUCUGAGAGUGACGAAUUCAAGGUUUUGCUUGAAUCAGCAAAAACUAUGACAAAAAGUGAUGGGAUUAUCGUCAACACUUUUGAGGCUAUUGAAGGAAAAGCAAUUGAAUCUUUAAAUAAAGGAUUGUUUGUUCCUAAUGGAACUACUCCUACAAUUUUAUCUAUUGGACCUUUGAUUACAUCUUCUUAUGGUGGAGAUGAAAAUGGCUGUCUGCGUUGGCUCGACUUGCAACCCAGUCAAAGUGUCGUGUUGUUAAGUUUCGGGAGCAUGGGGAGAUUUUCGAAGGCUCAAUUGAAAGAGAUAUCGCUUGGUUUGGAAAAAAGUGAGCAAAGAUUCUUGUGGAUUGUUAGAAGUGAAUUGGACUCGGAAGACCUCAGUUUGGACGAGUUGUUACCAGAAGGAUUUUUGGAAAGGACAAAGGAAAAUGGAAAGGUGGUAAGAAAUUGGGCGCCACAAGGUGCAAUAUUGAGUCAUGAUGCAGUUGGUGGCUUCGUGACUCACUGUGGAUGGAACUCGGUGUUAGAAGCAGUUUGUGAAAGUGUGCCUAUGGUGGCAUGGCCUUUGUAUGCUGAACAAAGUCUCAACAAAGUAAUUUUGGUUAAAGAGAUGAAGGUGGCUUUGGAACUGAACAAGUCUGAAGAUGGGUUUGUGAGCGGAACUGAAUUGGGAGACCGAAUUAAAGAAUUGAUGGACUCAGAUAAAGGAGACGAGAUUAGACAAACGAUUUUCAAGACAAGAAUAAGUUCUAAGGAAGCCAAAGAUCAAAAUGGAAGUUCAUUUGUUGAUUUAACCAAGUUGAUUCAAUUGUUCAAGUUCAAGCAGUAG